AUUUUGGUGUACUUUGAGGAAUUUGCACGAAAUUUCUACACCCUCAUCACCCGUUGAACAUGAGCAUGUUAAGAUUAUGGGCGGAGCUAGGUGGGCGCAAGGGGUUCACCCGAACCUCCUUCGAUGAAAAAUUAUACUGUAUACAUAAAAGUUAAAAUUUGUCAAAUGGGUUCUGAAGACAUACACACCAAAUGGAAGAAAUUUUUUGUUGUAGUUAUUGUCUAAACUACUUGCAGUCUCAUUUGUGUAAACUUCACUGUCAAUUGGGGUUUCUGCCUACCUUUUCUCAUCCUUCAAAUUUCCACUAUUCUGGUGAGAGAGACUAUGUUGCUCGGACUAGUUUAUUGGUAUAUAUCCAAUACAAUGCAAGUACUCGUUUAGUGUAUUUUGAAAAUUUUGCAUGAAAUUUCGACACUCGUUAAACUCGAGUAUGUCAAAAUAAUAAAGGAUCAAAGGAGACAUCAUAAUAAAAAUACAGUUCCUAUAUGAUGUUUUAAAAAUAAAAAUAGAAAAUUAAUCGAACUGCAUCAACAUCGAACAUAAACCGAGAUGAGUACUGAGACAGUUUUGAAAAAUUUAAUUUUAUUUAUACACAAUAGAGUAACUGAGGAAAACAUAGUUAAGUGAGAAAUAUGUGUACAGAAGACGCAUAUCUUGCAUUUAUUGAGUUCUUUUGUUUCUUCCGCUCUUUUUUUUUUACCGCUCCCCAGUAGUUGUAUAGGGUGCUUACCAUCUCAGCAGCCCCUCUUGUCAUUGAGUUAGUGUAAACCUAGAGUAUGGAUGAAGUUUACUAGAUUUUACCAUGAUUUGUGUCUCAGCAAGGUGGUUGGCAAGAACUAUUCUUUUAUUUAUUUAUUUUUUAUUUGAUGUCCAAUAUCGUUUUGGAGUUCGACUAAUCUGUUUUAUGUUGAAAAACUCUACUUUUGUGAUAAAAUGUUGUUCUAUUAGAAGCAGUUCUAUUCUUAAGACUCGAAAACGAGACCUUUCGUUAGGAUAAGAAUUAUCCUUAAAACACAUUGGAAAUGAUGACUAACAUAUAAACUUAUGUGUGGUAUGGAACUAUUUCCUAGAAAUAAGCAAGACCUGCCAUGCAAAAGAACUCAAAAGCAACCCCCUUUCUCUACUCUUCACCAUUCACAUUUGCUUUUACCUUUGUUAUAAUUAUACCAGCUAUUUAUUCAUCUUCUUCCACUCCUCCACCCCUCUAAAACAAAGCAGCGGUAUAUCGGCGAUAGCCUCGCCGGUGACCAACUUUUCCUUAAAAAAAAAAAAAAAGUUUCCACCAAAAAAUUUCAACAUUCGUUUACGUUUCCUGGCUCAUUUUCUGGAGAAGAAAACAAGCCAGGAAAUCGGGUUCGUCAAAUUCCUUUUUCCCUUGUAAAAAUCACAAUUUUUUUUUAAUAUUUUCUUGUGUUUGUAUAUAUUUAGAGGACAUUUUGAACAGGUUUCUCUGUAUAAGAUUGUAUUGGGUAUUUGGGAAUUGUACUGCUUGAUAUUCUUGAUUUUAAGUUUUAUGCUGCAUUGUCGAAUUGAGCCAUGGCGGAUACUGGUGGAGAGAAGAAAAGAGUAGUGGUGAUUGGAGGUGGAGUUGCUGGCUCUCUUAUUGCAAAGAGUCUUCAAGACGAGGCCAAUGUUUCUCUCAUUGACAUGAAGGAGUUUUUUGAGAUUCCUUGGGCUGCCUUAAGGUCAAUGUGUGAUCCUUCAUUUGCAAAACGAGCCGUCUUUAGUCACUCUGAAUACCUUCCCCAUGCAAAAGUCCUUACAUCUGCUGCUGUUGACAUCACGGAUACAGAGGUAGUAACUGCAAAAGGCGACAGAGUCGCGUAUGAUUUUGCUGUUAUUGCUACUGGUCACUCUGACAAUAGUGCUUACACGAAAGAUGAGAAGUUCACUCAAUACCAAACAGAUCAUGAAAAGAUUAAAUCUGCCAGCUCCAUAUUAAUAAUCGGGGGAGGACAAACAGGUGUGGAACUUGCUGCUGAAAUUGUUGUGGAUUAUCCCGAUAAGAAGUUGACGAUUGUGCAUCGAGGAUCAAUGUUGUUGGAAUUUAUUGGACAAAGCGCCAGCAAUAAGGUAGUGAAUUGGCUAAAAUCACAUAAGGUUGAAAUCAUUCUGGGACAAUCUGUCGAUGUAAAUUCUGCAAAAGAUGGUGUUUACAAAACAUCUGGUGGACAAACUAUAGAUGCUGAAUGCCAUUUUAUUUGCAUCGGGAAGCCAAUUGGUUCAGGGUGGUUAAAAGAAACCAUCUUGAAGGGUAGUUUGGACAUUCAUGGAAGGUUGAUGGUUGAUGCUAAUUUGAAGGUCAAGGGUUGCAAUAAUGUCUUUGGUAUCGGAGAUAUUACUGAUAUCCCUGAACUUAAACUAGGAUAUUUGGCUCAAAGACACGCAUUGGUAGCUGCCAAGAACAUAAGACUGUUAAUAAAGAACGCGAACGACAACAACUUGAAUGUAUAUAAACCUGCUUUACCGUUGUCGUUAAUUGCUCUAGGCAGAAGAGAGGCCGUAGCACAGUUUUACUGUUUAUCGUGUAUUGGACGCCUUCCAGGGAUGAUAAAAUCAGGAGAUUUAUUCGUGGGGAGGACUCGGAGGCAACUUGGUCUACUCGCUGAACUUCAAUAAACUUGUGAUUAUCAAGUUUAACAUGUAUUCUUUAGCUAGUUCCUCUGUAUACAUAGUUGUUAAUAAUAUUUCAUAUUCAGUUAGAUGGACCUUCUUCUCAUCUUUGAUUUUCUUCUUUCUGUUUCUUGUACAUGAUUGUUCUGUUUGUUGUGGCUGUGUGAAAAAAAUAUUACUUGACGAAAUGUUUUGUAUCGAGUUACUCAGUUUUAAUUUACGUGUCUUACUUU